GUGAACUUAAGCUUUGCUUCAGCUUGCGUUCCACGCAGUUGCUGGUCCUAACAUGUUUGAUACUAUAAUUGUCGCUGAAUUACCUGCAAAUCUUUGGAAACAGGAACACGACAGCUGUAAGUAAAAUCAAAGUCGUACAUUAAAAAAUAAAAAAAUAAAUAAAAAGCCAGUUAUGAGCUUUGGAACUGGGUUGUGCGUGCUGUACCGUGGACUGCUACCUGACUGCACUUUUCUGUGGGUACUGUAUGCUCUGUAUGAAACAUUAUUUUUUUUCAAAAGAGAACGAGGAGGACUUAAAGUGUGUUAAAUGGGUACCUUGAGAAGACACGGCUCUUGGACACAGGCAUUUGUGUUCCUUAAAACAAUUAUCCUUAUUGUGUUAUCUUUAUGCAACAAAUCCUCUGCUCAGGUGCACAAUCUGAGCUUGUCUAUUGAAGAAGGACUUCCAGCAGGGACUAUUGUUGGGGAUAUAAGAACUGGACUUCCAAAAGGCACUCCCAAUAGUGGAUUUUUCAUAUCUGAGAGCAGGGAAUCCUAUUUUUUUAAGGACCUGGAUAUUGAUGGAGACACUGGUAUAAUUUCCACAGCAAAAGCUUUGGACAGGGAGAGCAGGGGUAAGUAUGAGUUUGUGGCAGCUACUCUAACUGGAGAGAUGGUACAGGUGGAGAUCCUGGUCAUUGAUGUAAAUGACCACUCUCCAGUCUUCCCCAAGGAAAAAGUGCAGCUAAACAUUUCUGAGCAGAGUCCUUCUGUGGCCAGGUUCCAGCUGGAGGGUGCUCUGGAUCUAGACGAGGGAGAGUUUGGCAUCCAGGGAUACCGGAUCACUGAAGGGGAUCCCAGUGGAAUAUUUAGGCUGGAAUACAGAAGCGGCAGCAACCGUGAUCUUAGUCUGGAUCUGAUCCUGUCAGGCAAAUUGGACAGAGAAAGCACUGACUUCUAUUCUUUAGGCAUAAAGGCUUUUGAUGGAGGCAACCCCCCAAAGACUGGCCAUCUGCAGGUUGACAUUGUUGUCUUGGAUGAAAAUGAUAAUCCUCCAGUGUUUAAUCAGGCCAAGUAUGAGGUGCUUGUUUGGGAAAAUGCACCUCUGACAGCUUCAGUGUGCCAAGUUUAUGCCACAGACCAAGAUCUCGGGAGCAACGGGAAUGUCAUCUAUGAGAUUAACCGCCGCCAGAGUGACCCCAAUGAGCUGUUUGUUAUCGAUAACAGAACUGGUGUAAUCAGCCUGAAUAAACCACUGGACUAUGAGAACCAACCAUUUCAUGAGCUAAUAAUCCAAGCACGAGAUGAUGGAGCUCAACCUGAGUACAGCAGCACAUUUGUUUUGGUCAAAGUGCUGGAUAUUAAUGACAAUAGCCCUACCAUUAACAUCAUGUUCCUCAGUGAAUCUGGAGAACCAGAGGUCUCUGAGGGGGCCAGUAUUGGAGAUUAUGUGGCCAGGAUAUCUGUGUCUGACCCUGAUCUUGGGGAACAUCUAAAGGUCCAUGUGUCCUUGGAAGGUGGCGAUGGAAAAUUCAUUUUGAAGCCAUCUGAUGAUUUUCUGUAUUUUCUUUGUGUCAAUGGAUCUUUGGACAGAGAGAAGCUAGAUUUGUAUGAGUUGAGGGUCGUUGCCUCAGAUUUUGGAGUUCCACCUCUGUGGAGCGAGAAGACUUUUUUGGUAACAGUGACAGAUAUAAAUGAUAGCCCACCAAUGUUUGAACAAGAUAUAUUUACAGUAAAUGUAUCGGAAGCAGCAUCUCGGGGGACUGCCCUGCUUCAGGUUCAUGCUAAAGACUCAGAUGAAGGCAUCAGUUCUGUUGUGUAUUAUACUGUUGUGAAUAUUUUGGACACCUACCUAUUUGCUGUAGACUCCAUGUCUGGUUUGAUAACUACAGUUUCUCCUUUGGAUCAUGAGACACAGCCCCUCAUACACUUGCUGGUAGUAGCCACAGAUGCAGGAAGCCCACCCUUGUCUUCAACAGCCACAAUUACUGUCCAUGUUGAGGAUGUCAAUGACAAUGAACCCGUUUUUGAGCACCAGGUGUAUAAUGCAUCUGUGCGAGAACAUUCACCGGUUGGGAGUUGUUUUCUUCAGGUUACAGCCACAGAUGCAGACAGCGAUGAUUUUGGCAAAGUGCGGUACUCUCUAUACGAUAGGUUCAAUAAUUAUGAAAAAUCUCACCUUUUACGAAUGGACACUGAUUCUGGACAGGUCUGCAUAUCCCAAGACAUUGACAGGGAUGGUGGGCUGGCAAACUUUGAUGUUUUGGUGAAAGCUGAAGACGGGGGGGGUCUGAGUGCCCAAGCUUACAUUCAUAUAGAGGUGGAAGACGUCAAUGACAACCGACCAGUGUUCAACCCACUAAGAUACAUUACAAGUAUAAGCAGUCACACGCAGCCCGGAACUGAAGUCCUGAACGUUGUUGCUGCUGACAGGGAUGCUGGGACGAAUGGACGAGUAUCUUAUGAACUUGUUCCAGGGGAUUUGUCUUUUCUUUUCACAGUUGACACAUCAACAGGGAUAUUGUAUUUGACAUCCACUCUGAGCCAUCUGGGGAGCACCAGCGUGAAGCUGUCUGUCUCUGCUCAGGAUGGGGGCGGUCUCAGCUCCCUGCUCAAUGCAGUUGUCACAGUGAACAUCCUCAGGAGUGCACUGGCCCCUGCAGUAUUUGAGAGAUUACGAUAUGCGUUCGCUGUGCCAGAGGAUGCCAAAAAGGGGACUGCUGUGGGAACAGUUCGGGCUACCACUCCAUCCAAUUCCCUUGAGUCCCUAUCCUACAGAAUUUCUUCCGGGGAUCCAAAUGGCCUCUUCUCCAUCCACCCUGCGUUUGGUAUGAUCAGCACCAAUGGGCCGCUGGAUCAUGAAUCGCAGCCUUGUGUCAUCCUCAUGGUGCAGUCUCAGACCGGGAGCUCCCCAGUCUACAGCAGCACCCAGGUGAACAUAACAAUUAUUGACGUUAAUGACAACCAGCCUGUCUUCCAUAAAGAAUCGGAGACAAUCACGGUUUCUCAGAACACCUUGCCAGGCACUGUGCUGUACAUCGCUCAUGCAGAGGACAGAGACAGCGGGCACAAUGGGAGGAUCAGGUAUGCUUUACAAACAGACAAUACCAAAGUAUUCACCAUUGACGUCAGACAUGGAACAGUUUAUCUCAACAGAAGCCUUUCCCAAGGCACGCAGCCUAGGUACCUUCUCAAAAUCUCAGCAGAAGAUGAAGGAGAUCCUCCACAGAGCUCCGUGUUCACCCUUGUUGUCAAUAUUGACCGCACAAAAUUGGAAGACACUCUGGCUUUUGAAACUCUAAUUUACCAGGUGGAGAUCAGUGAGAAUGCUCAGACAGAUACAAGGCUUAUCCAAGUCCGAGCCCAUGGACAGGAUCCACAAACUUACUCAAGCCUGUCGUACUCCCUCCAAACGAUUUCAGGGUCUCCGGUGUUUGGGAUCCAUCUUGACAGUGGCUGGAUUUACCUCCGCCAGAGCCUGAACUAUGAGUCUACAUCGACAUACAAGUUUAAAGUGUCAGCCACCGCCAUGGAGGAGAGGAUGGUCCUGCAAGCCACUGCUACUGUCACUGUCAAUGUCUUGGACGAGAAUGAUAAUGCUCCUGUCUUCUCUCAGGAAUCUUAUUUCUUCACCAUUCAAGAAGGUCCUGUUCCUUGUGGCUUGGUUGGCUCAGUGAAAGCAGCAGAUAUCGAUUCGGGGAAAAAUGCCCAAUUAUCCUACAUCCUAUUGUCAGAAGGAAAAUACUUCCGCAUUAAUUCCAAGACAGGUGAGAUAAUAAACUGGGUUGCGCUGGACCGCGAGCAACGCACUCACCACACCCUGUCAGUUUUAGUGACAGACCAAGGAGUCCCACGCCUGAAUGCAACCACCACCAUCUACAUCAUUGUCACCGAUAUUAAUGACAACCCACCCCAGUUUACACACAUGCCAACUGGGAAAGAGAUUCAUGUCCAGGUUUGGGCAGGGCAGGCCGCAGGCACUGUGGUAGCCACCUUAUUUGCAAAAGACCUUGACGCUGGAGACAAUGGAACUGUCCAAUACACUUUGAAUUCAGAUGAUGGGUUGGGGCAUUUUGAGAUAGACAGCAAAACAGGAGAAAUGAAGACAACAGAACGUCUUUUACAAAGCUCCAGAAGCCGCUAUAGACUGACUGUUACUGCCAUGGACAAGGGACCCUCUCCACUCGAGGCAUCAGCUGUAGUUCAUGUACAGAUUAUUCCAGUGGAUAAAGGGAGCUCUAAUAAUGCUGAACAUAUAAUAAGACAUUUUGUUAUAAAAGAAGAUUCCAAGCCCGGGAAAGUCAUUGGUUCACUCAAACUACCCAAUCAUCCUAAUGAAUCAAACCAAAUGGUGGAUUAUUCCAUCUCUGAAGGGGAUGGCAGUGUUCACUUUGGGGUUGACCGCUCUACCGGAGACCUGCACCUGGCCUAUGAACUAGACUACGAAACAGCUUCUCAUUACCUUCUCAAGGUGCAGGUGGAAGACCACAGCCAGGCCCCUGUGCGCAACACGGCAGUGUUUGUCAGUGUAAGCGUAGAAGACGUCAACGACCACUCACCCUGGUUUUUGGAUGACUUUGUUGUCAUUGGAAUACAGGAGAACUUGCCUGCAGGUUCCUGGGUUUACACUUUUAAUGCUAAGGAUGGUGAUGGAAGCUUACCAAAUAGUGCCUUGCGGUAUCAUGUUACGUCAAGCAGUAUGGAGGAAACUCCAUUUGUCAUAGACCCUGUGCAAGGUACAUUAACAACCACAGCCCUCCUUGACAGAGAAGACACUCACACCUUUAUCCUAACUGUGACUGCAACAGAUCAGGUGGUGAACCUGUUAGACCGAAAGACUUGCUCGCUCACAGCCAAGAUUGUUAUUUUGGAUGUGAAUGACAACAGCCCUGUUUUUGUGUCAUCGCACAUUUCCUACGUAAUGGAAGACGCAGAAGUGGGAUCGCUGGUCCAUCACACUAUUGCCCAAGAUAAGGACGAGGGUAGAAAUGGGAGGGUUACUUACAGUGUAUUGUCAGGAAAUGAAAAAGGAGUCUUUCUAUUGGAGGAAACAACAGGAUUGCUGUCUUUAUCCUCCUCCCUGGACUAUGAGGCAUUGAAUUCGUACUCCCUGAGCAUCCUUGCCUGUGACAGUGGAUCUCCAGCUCUCUCCUCCACUCAGACACUCACAGUCUCCGUUGUUGACGUCAAUGACCAAGCACCCAUGUUUAAGGAAACCCAUUACAAUGCUUCAGUACCUGAGAACCAUGAGCCGGGAGAAUUUGUUAUCAGAGUUGCAGCAGUCGACAGGGAUUCAGAGGCGAAUGCUGCCGUGUGCUUUACCCUGCUGCCUGGAUCUGGACAUGACUUAUUUACAAUCAACUCUCAGACUGGAGAGAUUACCACCAAAGCAGUGCUGGACAGGGAAGUUCAAGACCACUUCAGCAUACGAGUUCUGGCUCGAGACAGUGGGCUCCCUGCGCUCUCCAGCACAGCCACCGUCCUGUGCACUGUCCUGGAUCUCAAUGACAACACCCCUGAGUUCAUACUCCCCACAUUUGAAAUAAAGAUUCCAGAAAACCAGGAGCCAGGAAUUAUUUACACAGCCUUGGCUUCUGACGAGGAUGCCGGAGAGAAUGGGAUAAUUGAAUAUGGAUUGGUUGAUGAAAAUGCUGGUGGAUAUUUUGUCAUCAAUUCUACCACUGGGGCACUUAGUGCAACUAAAGCAUUAGACAGAGAAGAAAGAUGUAACUACACCAUCGUUAUUGAGGCCCGUGACCUGGGAACCCCACAGCGAAGCUCCACUGCCGAGCUGAGAAUCACAGUCUUGGACGUGAAUGACAACAGCCCAGAGUUCAGCAAAACCCAUUACCGGACAUCAGUCAGCGAAGACUUGGCAGUGGGGUCUGAGGUUCUCCAGCUAACAGCAACUGACAAAGACGAAGGUUCUAACGGAGAGGUUAUGUAUUCCCUCAUUGAUGAUACCUUUGGGAUGUUUACUAUAAGCAGCUCAACUGGCACUAUAAUGACCACCAUGCAGCUGGACAGAGAGACCAAGUCACAAUACAUGUUUCGGGCAGUGGCAAAUGACUGUAGCACCCAAGGGCCGCGGAGUUCAACCGUCAACGUCAUGGUGCACAUCGAAGACAUCAAUGACAAUGCCCCAGUUUUUAUUCAGAACCCAGUCAACGGCCAGGUUUCCAUGGAAACAGCUCUUAACCAGACCAUAGCAACAGUAAGAGCUGAUGACAGUGACCUUGGCCAGAAUGGAGCAGUGGUGUUCAGUUUUGCAGAACCAGAUUUGCUUUUUGACAUUAACCGUCAGACUGGAGAUAUCUGGUUGAAGAGCUUGAUUCCGUCCAGUGAAUUUGGCACAAAAGUCCUCCAUGUGAUUGCGGCAGAUCAGGGAAUCCCAGUGCAGUACUCCUCCGGUCUGGUUAUAGUUCAUUUACAGGUUGAGGAGACCGGGAUCUGGUUCACUGAACCUGUCUAUAAAGCAGCAAUUCCUGAAAAUAGCAAAUCUGGUUCCAUGGUUGUGACUGUUACUGCCCAUGACCGUAACAAAGACACAAGAAAAAUAAAAUACAGCAUUUUUAGUGGGAACGAAAAUGAGGCAUUCACAAUAAACGCAGAUACUGGUGAUAUUUCUAUAAAGGAUCACAAAAGCCUGGAUUUCGAGAUGCAGGAUAAGAUUCAUCUUGUGGUCCUGGCUGAAAAUACCUGGAAGACUGCGCACUGCAGAAUAACAAUCACAAUUCAAGAUGUGAACGACAACCCACCAAGAUUCGAACAAAGUUACUAUAAAACAGCGGUGUGGGAAGGGCAAAUUUACAACACUUACAUCAUGCAGGUUUUUGCUACUGAUGCUGACAGUGGCCUUAACGGGCAGAUAGAGUAUUCUAUCCUCUCCGGUAACCAAAAUGAUGCCUUCCUUAUAGACACAGCCCGAGGCAUUGUAGCCACAAACGCCAUUCUGGAUCGAGAAAUUUUUUCAUCUUACAAGCUGAUUCUUUUGGCUACUGAUAAAGGCAGCCCCCAACUGACUGCUACCACCACAAUGAGAAUCCAGGUUGUGGACGUCAAUGACAACGCCCCAGCGAUCCCUCCGAUGGAGCCUGCUGAAAUUGCUGAGAACCUUCCAGCUGGCUACAUUGUAACACAAGUAUCAGCGAAUGACGUGGACCUGAGCCCAGCUCUGUCCUACAGUUUUGCCGACAAUGGGAAUCCAGGUGGUAAAUUUGCCAUUGAUCGCUAUACCGGAGUAAUCACACUGACUGAAUCGCUGGACUAUGAGGAAAGCCCCCAGUAUGUUUUACAGAUCAGAGCCUCGGAUUCUAUUCAUGAAACAGGAGCAGAACUCAGGGUCCACGUGCUUGACGUCAAUGACAAUCCACCUGUCUUCUCCCAGGAGUCGUACCAGGUCUUAUUGGCUGAAUUGACUCCAAGGGAUACAUUUGUUCUGGCACUGUCUACCACUGACAGAGAUUCAGGACUCAAUGGAGAGGUUUCCUACCGGCUCCUUUCAUCAGCUUCUAAGGGGUUUUAUAUCAGUUUGAAAAAUGGUUCUUUAUUCACCAGCAAGCCGCUGAGGUAUUUUAUGGAGAGCUCUGUGGUACAGCUCCUUGUGGAAGCCAGUGAUGGUGGAGACCCAGCUUUGACGGCUGUGACUUCUGUGGAAAUACAAAUACGAGACAUCAAUGACCACGCACCUCAGUUCAUGCAAGCCACAUUCCAAGUGAGCGUGUCUGAAGCUGCAGCAGUCGGGAGCACCGUGCUGUAUCUGUCAGCUUCUGACCAGGACUUUUCCCAUGAGAACUAUUACCUUGACUACUCCAUCUUCGGUGGGAAUGAGCAGAACAGAUUUUGCAUUGAGACCAGUGUUUUACAGGCAGACGAUGAGUACAAGACAGUGGGCAAGCUUGUGCUGUGCAAUCCCCUGGACCGUGAAAACACAAUGAACUACACCCUGGUGGUAGUUGCCUCUGAUCGGGGGACACCUCCACUAAAUGCUUCUGCGGUUGUCUCAGUAACUGUGAUAGAUGCUAAUGAUAACCCUCCUGUCUUCAGCCAAUUGGAAUACCAUAUUCAGGUCAGCGAAAGCAUUCCUUUGGGGAGUAGGCUCACUGAGGUGUCAGCUCAUGACCCAGAUGAAGGAGUAAAUGCUGAAAUAAGGUUUCACAUUGUUUCUGGCAAUGAUAAAGGUCACUUUAGACUAGACCACAGAAGUGGUGCAGUGGAACUGAACCAGAGUUUGGAUUAUGAAGAAAAUGCCAAAUUCACAUUGACCGUCCAAGCCAUCGAUAGCAGUAGCAUGGGGAGCAGAAAAAUGGCCUUCGCUGUGCUUUUCAUCACUGUGCUGGAUGAGAAUGAUAACUCUCCCUACUUUAUUUUCCCUGCCAUGAACUGCUCAAUCUUGGAAAAUCAGACUGCCUUUACUCAUGUUUGCUCACUCUAUGCAGUGGACCAUGAUUCAGGCCCAUUUGGACAGGUGACCUACUCUAUUUUGUCACCAUGCUCAGUAGAUUAUGGAAGCCCAAAUAAAAAGGAGGCUUUUGCAAUAGACUCCUUGACUGGGGACAUCUAUUCCAAGCAAACUUUUGACUAUGAAAGAGAGAAUAGGUACUGCUUUGUGGUCCAAGCUAAAGACAAAGGCGACCAAACAGCAACAAUUAAGGUUCAGGUGGACAUUGAGAGUGUUGACGAGUUCAGCCCUGUCUUCACACCAACAGAAUAUUACUUUCAGCUCCCUGAGAACUCUGAAGUGGGGCAGAGCAUCGGCCAGGUCUCAGCCGUAGACAGUGAUGGUGGAGUAGACGGGGUUCUUGUGUAUUCCUUGGCUGAGUCCUCUCGGUUCUUUUCAGUGAACAGAACCAGUGGAACCGUGUAUCUCACCAGUGCUGUCUAUAGGAAAAAAGGCAGUGUCAAAAAGAGAGAGGACCUAAUAGAGUUCAAGGUGAAAGCAAGCAGUCCCAAGCUUGAUUCCAAGUCUGAAAGCUGCAUUGUUAUUGUCAACAUCUCCAACUCUGCAGAGGCCUUCACUGGAAUGCAGCUGAACAGCCUGACCAUCAGCCUUACCAUUUCCUUUGUAGUGUUCCUGCUGUCGGCCAUUAUUCUUGUGGGGCUUAUUUUGAGAUUUAGGAGGAAAGAUGUCAAAGUGAAAACGAGAACUGUAGAUUCAAUGGCUACAACUUUAAACCACAGUAUUUCAGAUACACUUGAAAAAAGUAAUGGCCAUAGGCAAAGCACCAUUGUCCUUCAAGAUUUAGCAGAGCAGGUGGACAUCAGAGACAAGAAGGAGGUGAUUAACCCCUGCAGGCACUCUGGCUCAAGUGGCAGGGGCUCUGCAGAUGGAGAUACAGCUGAAGACGAAGAGAUCAAGAUGAUCAAUGAACACCCAUGCCGGAAAGGUUCUGGGUCUGCCCUAAGCGAGAGGGCAUCCAGGGUGCCAGACUCAGGGAUCCCCCAGGACUCAGACCAACUCUCUUGCCAGUCAGAGGAAGCAGACCUGGCUGCCACCACCAUUGCCACUGUUGCCGACAGCUCAGAGAGCAUUUACCACUUCAAAGAGGAAGGUGGAGGGGAAGGAUGUGACCAGAACUACAUCUCAAAUGAAGUGCUGUCUAGAAGGUUCACCGGCAUGGCCAUUAAAGAGAAAGACUUGUUGGCACACAGCACAAAGGGAUACAUCUUCCACACUGAUGAUCAGAGCUCAGCAGGGGCUUCCCUUACUUCACUAGUGAGUGUCGAAGAAGAACUCAGAGGAAGCUACAACUGGGACUACUUAAUGAACUGGGAGCCCAGAUUUCAGCCACUGGCCUCUGUCUUUACAGACAUUGCCGAGCUCCAGGAUAAUGGUUUACAAAAGCCAAACAUUGCACAAGAGUCCAGGGGUAUUAUUUAUCCCCCUCCCUUAAUCACGUCAGUGGCUCAGCCUGGAAUCAGGGCGGUUCCACCGCGGUUGCCCACCUUUACCAACAGAGCGGCCUUCCCUAAGUACACUCACUCUCCCCUCACUGGGAACUCAGGUCUCACACCCUCCGCCAUGACACCCAGCUUCUCUCCAUCGCUAUCCCUGCUUACCAUGCAAACUCCCACAUCGUCCCCGGUUAUUUCGGAGACUGGCAUCACUGGCCCACCCAAAAGAGCAACCCUUCAUCCUUCAACACUCGGAGAAGAAGAGAUGCAAGUGUAAACUAAUAUUUUAGUAUUCCCUAAAGACAUUACCUGUUUCCUUUAACUAAAUGGUUUUCUCACAUUUUUAGUAAUAUGUAUUUUUAAAAAAAAGAUCAGUGAUUAAAAAACUAAUAAAGAACUGUUUUGUCAAGAUUUUUUGUUUUAAUUGUGGAACCAAAAAAAACUUUCUACCUUUAUGUAAAACCUCAGUACAUGCUUUGGUUCAAGGGAUGUGUGUGUUGAAAGAAACUAGUGUUCUGAAGCUUUAUGUAAAAUUGAACUAGGGCCCUAUUUAGCAAAUAUGUGCACAGCCGCUAUCACUAGGGCAAAAAUGACUGCGUUUGCGAAGCGCUGCGAUAGCGCACGAAAACAUGAAUUAGAAGUCGGGUUUCAUGCGUGGGCUAACGCACAUCAGAUAGCAACUCAUGCGCCCAGCCAAUCAAAGCACAGUGGGGGGAGUAAGGUUACAACCAAUAAGGAUUCAACAUUCCCUUUAAGAGGACCUGUGCAUCUGCAAUAGCGAACAGAGGGUAUUUUGAAACCAAAAAAAAAGAAGGAAGAAGACACAAGCGCCUCAAGCAAGGCUACAUUUUUUUAGCAGUCUGGGGGAGGUACAGUGAAUACUUACGAAAUAAAAAAAAGUAAUCUAUGUACAAAAUUAAGUUACAUAAAUAUUUUUUUCUGCUUCACUUGCUGAGCAAGCAAGCGAGCAAAGGGGGAGCGGGGUUGGGGAGUGAAAAUUUUAGAAUCAGUUUUCCUUAAGUUAGGCAUGUAUGGCUCACCUUUGAACAGUGAGCACCGUCACUGCCUUUAUUAUAAAUGCUUUCCUGUUAAAAAAUAUACUGACGGUACGCAUUUGCGUCUUAUACAACAAUAACAAAGUCUGCAUACCCGUGAACCCCUGUGCUUUAAGUGCUUUAAGUUCAGCAUCUGCUUCCCUCAAACCCUGUAAUCUUUCCUCUGUAAGUUCAACAUCCAUUAUGGAGAGCUAUGUUGCGUAAAACACAACAAGCCAGGAUGAUAUUGCUAACCUUCUGAGGAGUGUACUGUAGUGUUCCCCCAGAGACAUCCAAACAUCGGAAUCACAUUUUGAGAAUUCGAAAUGUUCACUCAAUUACAGUACGAGCACAUUUUUUUUAAUUUUUUUUUUUUAUUUAGUAAUCGCCAAUUAUUUUCUCCAAUUUGGCAUAUCCCUAUAAAAAAUUUUUUAGGCUCAUCUCACUGUUACCACCCCCGUGCUGACUCAGGAGUGGUGAAGACAAACACACGCUGUCAUACGCAGCAUGUGCCGUCAGCCGACAGCUUCUUUUUCACAAUGCAGACUCAUCGUGCAGCUACAGUGUCAGAGGACAACGCAGCUCUGUGCAGCUUACAGGCAAGCCCGCAGGUGCCCGGCCAGACUACUGGGGUCGUUACUGGGGUCGCAGGUGUGCGGUGAGCCAAGGACACACUGGCUGACCUAGACCCCCCCUCUCCGGGCAGCGCUCGGCUAAUUGUGCGGCGCUCCCUGGCAGCUCCAGUCUACGGUUGGCAAUAGAAUAGUCUGGGCUCGAACCGGCGACCUCCAGGCUAUAGAGCGCAUCCUGCACUCCACUCGGAGUGCCUUUACCAGAUGCGCCACUCGGGAGCCCCGAUACGUGCACAUUUAUAGGUAGGAUUAUACCUUCAGCAGGGGUCGUGGGGUUGAGCAGCGGUCUCAGUAGCCACCGCUUCAGUGGAUACACAUUGUCCCCUAUCAACCAACCUCGCAGACUGUCAUCCCGCUGAAACACAGCUGCCACCUGCGAAUUAGCGUGGAUAAACAAGUCAUGAGCGGAGCAACGAUAGCUUGCAUACACAUUUGUGAUGUAGUUGUUUGCAUCAUAGAUCACACACUACUUGCACGUUGACAGAAUAGGUCCCCUUACGAUUUACAUAGAAGUGCCUAUUCUAUGUUGGUGUGUGUACUUUAGUGCUGCAAACAAUGUGCUCUCCGCAUGUCUCCUUCCAGGUCAACCUGAAGCAGUUGGCAGAUGUUGCUGCAUACAUUGUGUGUCAGACAGGCUCAGAAAAGACAGAUGACUAAGAAAUAUUUGGGGAUGUCUCCCAGUCUUUGUCUGGCCAUGCAGAAAUUAUUUAUUUAUUUAUUUAUUUAUUUAUUUCUUAGCAGACGCCCUUAUUCAGGAUGACUUACAAUUGUUACAAAAUCACAGUACAAAGAAUAACAUUACAAAGUAUCACAUUACAAAAUAUCACACUAAUCCAGUGUGCACCCAUAUUUCUUUUAUUUCUCUUUUUUCUCUCUCUCUUUUCCUUUGCCUGCUUCCCUAGUAGUUUCACCGGUAUUUAUAGCAGACCAUGUAAUUUGCACAAAGUUUAGACCUGUUUUUCACAUGUCUACGGAAAUGCUAACGCUGUAGAUAGUUUGCUAAAUUGCUACAUUUGUAUUUAAAUGAGGACACUCCCCAAGUUCUGCCCAUGUCAAGCGCUGACACUAACUUGCCAAGUGGGCGCAAAAACACGUGUUGCUAAAUCACAUAGGUGGGCAAAGUCUGUUUGCCCACAUCUGCGCCUGAUUCUGGUGCGCUAACUGUCCGCAAAAGUGUUUUGCGAUUGCCUUAGGGGUUUGCGAAAUAGGGCCCUUAGUCUUUAUUUGAUAUAAGGCCAUGUCAAAUAUUAGUCAGAUCACUUGACUUGCAUUGCAUGCUAUGCCCAGGAUUAUUGUCAAUCAAUAAGUCAUGUACAGUGUGCUCUGUCCAAUAAAAGUGCAAUUUGGAUCAGACAAGGAGAUAGCUAGUUUUAUAUUGUGUAAGACUUUACAAAAUAGUUUUUCUUUCUGUGCUUUACAUUUUUGCUAUAUUUUGAGAACCAUUCAUUGAUUUGUGAUAAAACUGUGAUAAAAAUGACCAUGGUUACUAACUUCUUUGAGGUAUAGGCACCUGAUUGGUUCAGAAAAGUCUUACAUCUUCUCCAGAUCUUCUCCAAAUGUGAUUAAACUUUGUUCACAGUAACAUUCGUACUAUAUCUUUAAACUUAUCUUCAGAUAAUGCUACUGAAAAAAAGCACAUUAAAGUAAGAAAUCAUUAGUAUGGUUCGACCACAUUUGGCACUUGCAUUGGUUGGCGUAAUGGUGGUACAACUUAAAAGCAUGAUUAAUCUACUUGCUUUCUUCCAACUUCUACAAAAAUAUUUCAUUUUAAACUGAUGCUGAGAAACAUAAAAAAUAAUGUUUUCAAAAAGUAGCGAUGCUUUUAUAUGUGCUAAUGUUGUUACAAUAAAUUAGUAUGGCCCAGCUUCAAUUGCAUGAAAGAAACGUUAAGCAAGCUGCCAAAAUCCAUGCACCCCUUGGGUGCACCAUGACAUUUACACAACGAGUUUGGAAACACAAGCUCUAAACCAACUCUGUAACGAUCCACAAAGGAACCCACAUUUAAUAAGCAAGUCUCAAGCAGCCUUAGCUUGUCUACAAAGCACACACCAGUGCCAGGUCAACAUCUGCCAGACAACCAAAACAAUUAAACAGAUGCAUAAAUGAGCUAAUGAGGAAGGGCCAAGUAAAACCAAUAACUUCUGUAAUCAGCAUUAAGUAGGCCUAACAGACAAACGCAGUACUUUCAGAAAUCGUUCCUGUCAUACAAAGCCAUUGUCAUGAUAUACAUGAUAUCGCAAACAUAUAUUUGCAUUUUAAAAUAUCUGGUACUACACUAGAUAAAAGAACAUUUUCAGUUUGCUUGUCUUCCCAUCAAGGAAAUCUGUUUCACUUGUACUUCCUGGGGCAGCAGUGUGGAGUAGUGGUUAGGGCUCUGGAAUCUUGACCGGAAGGUCGUGGGUUCAGUCCCAGGAGGGGGACACUGCUGCUGUACCCUUCAGCAAGGUACUUUACCUAGAUUGCUCCAGUAAAAACCCAACUGUAUAAAUGGGUAAUUGUAUGUAAAAAUAAUGUGAUAUCUUGUAACAAUUGUAAGUCGCCCUGGAUAAGGGCGUCUGCUAAGAAAUAAAAUAAUAAUAAUAACUUCACCUCAGCAGUGUCUUCGGGGUCAAGCAUGUCCCUAGCUGGAAAGCAUGUCAGUCAUAAGGGUAAGCAGCUAGUUGGUUACUAACAGAAAAGACAGCCCUGAAGAAUUGAGAGCAGUUAAAUUAUUUUAAGUACUACUACAGUUGUGCUGCAAUUUUGCAGCACAACUUGAGUUUGCACAUUAUCAAGCUUCUUGUACUUAGUUGGUUCCCAACAUCUCAGUGGUCAAUUGUGAAUAUCCUGCAGGCGGAUUCCAGAGAAUGAAUCAUAGAAAUGCCAGGAUAGCUAAUUGUAACACGUGACCAAAAAGUCAAAGUUUUCAAUAAAAAUAAGUAAAUAAAUAAAUAACCAUAUAGUUGAAUCCACUCACUUGCAAUGCAUGUUUGUGACUGUUGAAUAAGCGACUGGACUCGAUCCUGAGGAUUUCUCUGUGCCUUCUUAGUCCCCCUCAACCUAACCUACCAAUUGACCUAUCUGUCAACCGAAGUUUUGGUGGUUUAUUGUUUUGAUUCUAAAAAUAAAUUAUUUUCCUUAAAACCACAAACAAAAUUAGAUACAAAAAAGGGAAAAAAUAGAUAGGUAUUUCAUAGGAAAAUUACGCUAAUGGAAUGUGCAUAAGAAUGUGUGGCAGGGCAAAAG